AUAGUACCAUUUUCCAUUACCAAAAUCCUAUCCUCUCUCUCUAGAAGUGAUACUGACGCCGUAUCCGACCUUAGUGCUCCAGUCACGAGUCUUGACCCUAGACUGAACCGUUCGGCCGUUCUCACUCAUCUUCAGUCAACAGAAGCUGCCGCAGUGGACGAUUUUCUGGCACUUUCCUUUCUUGAUUUGGUCGUUUUCUAGGAAAAUUCUGAUUUUCCGGCAAAAGAAUUUUGAGAAUCGUAAGCAGAAUACUACAGUACUCGCAGUUGAUUAGCUUUUCUGUAUUUUGGGAACAAAAUUUCGGAUUUCUGCUCGAGUAAGCAAAAUCUAAGUUCUUGAUUCUUGGUUGUGGAAAAGAGUUGAUUCGAAAGCGAAGUGAGCUGAAUUAUUAAUAUAUGAGCUUAGGGUUUUGAAGAAGUCAUCAUCGUCAUGGUUGAGUUGGAAAAUUCAUCAACAGUGGCUGUUUCUGCAGCUUCUGGAGAAGUGAGUGUAUCUUCGUCUGGCAAUCAAAUGGCUACUACACCACCAGUACUGAAGAAGAAGAGAAAUCUCCCUGGAAUGCCUGAUCCAGAUGCGGAGGUAUUAGCUUUGUCGCCGAAAACUCUAAUGGCAACGAACCGAUUCGUGUGCGAGAUCUGCAACAAAGGCUUUCAGCGAGACCAGAAUCUGCAACUUCAUCGCCGAGGACAUAACUUGCCGUGGAAGCUGCGGCAGCGAACGGGGAAGGAGAUACGGAAGAGAGUCUACGUCUGUCCUGAGCCGACUUGCAUUCAUCACGAUCCGAGGAGAGCGCUCGGCGAUCUCACCGGCAUAAAGAAGCAUUUUUGCAGAAAGCACGGCGAGAAAAAAUGGAAGUGCGAGCGGUGCUCGAAGAAGUAUGCUGUACAGUCGGAUUGGAAGGCUCACUUGAAGACUUGUGGCACCAGGGAGUACAGAUGCGAUUGUGGAACUUUGUUUUCCAGGAGGGAUAGUUUCUUCACGCACCGAGCGUUUUGCGAUGCGUUGGCGCAAGAGAGUGCCAGAGCCCAACCCCUGGCUAUCGCUAAUUCAGAGGAAAUGUUGAAGGUUGAGAGUGUUGCUUUGUCGUCUUCUAGUCCACCUCCACCUCCUCUCACUCCAUCCACUGGUGUUCUCUCUCCUGUUCUGUCCAUUCAAAGCUCAGAAGCGCCGGAAAACCCCUCCGGAAUACCACCGCAGCAACCGGUGGCGGCCAACUUAACCAUCGCAACAGCCAGCGGUUCCUCCAGCUCAAGCGGUAAUGGUGCAAAUUGCAGUAACAGCAGUGUGUUUGCAAGUAUAUUUGCAUCAUCAACACCGUCAGGAGUUUCACAACCUUCGCAAUCACCAUCUUCAUUCUCCGAUAUGCUCUGUGCUAUGGCUGGUCCAGAGCACCACCAAACAGAACAACCCAUGUCCCUCUCUCUCUCCUCUUCCCUCUAUCUCUCCAACAACAAUCCCUCCUCCCUAUUUCCAACCACUAGUCAAUCCCACCAUCGCCAAUACACUCCGACUCAACAACCCGCUGCUUUAUCAGCCACUGCAUUGCUUCAAAAAGCAGCACAAAUGGGGGCAACAGGGUCGAGUUCCUCAUUCCUUCGAGGGCUUGGUUUGGAAUUACAAUCUUCAGUAGACAAUCAAGACACGGCAACAGCUAGGCAAUGGAACAACAGCCAUGUGGUGGUGAAGCCAGAGAGCAAGUCAUCGGUAGCUGCUGGCCUAGGGCUAGGGCUCCACACCGAUGGAGCCGCCUCCGGUUUGACUAAUUUGAUCAUGGGCCCACCGUCCUUCUAUGGGAACAAGCCGACCACGCUUGAUCUUCUUGGCCUGGGGAUUGGAGCUGGUGGAGCCUCCACUGCUGGCUUCUCGGCUUUGUUCACUUCCCUUGGAGGUGGGCUUGAUGUUGAGGCAGCGGCUUCAUUUGGAGGAGUGAAUUCCUCGGCCGAAGAAUCUUGGAAAGGUUCAUCUGAAAGUAAGCCAUCAUCUCUUCUCUAGCGUAACUCUUUUAUCUUAGUUUAUCAUAUCUCUCUGGGUUUUUGAGUUGGAGAGAACUAUUUUGUUUUGAUAUGUCUAUAAUAUAUAUUCAUGUAUUUUAUCUUUUGAGGCUUUAAAUUUGUUGAGCCAAUUUAUUUCUUUUUUGAAGUUUUUAGUUAUGGGAGAGAUUGCUUUAAGGAGG